AUGAAAGAUACUAUGCAAUGGCUGUUAAAUUAAGAUUAUCUUGAAGUUCUGUAAGUAACCAAAAUAUUGUGGAAAAAUUAGAAAAAAUAUAAAUUGAUCAAAAAGUUUUUAGUGUCAAUGAUUUAUUGGAUAUCGUUUCUAAUGGUGGUUCACCUACCUAAAUUAACAGAUUUAUGUCAAAGAUAUCUACGCUAUUGUUAAGUUAGAAUUAUAAAAAAAAUCUAAUGA